AUGAGCUUAGUACCAAUAUUCAAAACAAAACGGACAAUAGAUAUUGUAACCGAUUUCAAAGGAAAAAUAGCAAUAUACAAAGAUGCUUAUGCAAAUCAAUUCGGUGAAUUUGUAAUAAAUAAUUAUGUAAUCAGACCUCCAUAUGAUUCAGGGCUAAGUUGUGUACGUGAAUAUCAUGAAGGCCCAGUAGUAUUUGAAUGCGAUAAAGCAUGCGUUUUUGGCCAUGUAUGGAUUCAUAAAUUUGGGCAUUUCAUUGAUGAUUGUCUUGCUCCUUUGACAUUGAUUCCUGAAGAUUUUUUAGAAGACUGUGUAGUAAUUUUAUCAGAACAAACAAGAAAAUUUGGAGAAGAUGUUCUUAAAGUUGUUGGUGUAAGGAAAUACAUUUAUAUUUCAAACAACACAUGGGUACACGCUAACAAACUUGCCGUAGCUGUUGAAGGAAGAUCAUAUCUUAUGCAUUUUGGUGUUCCAUUACAAAAAUUAGUUGAUAUGCUAAGAAUUUACUUUAAAGUAUUAAAUAUUAAACCAACAAAAUAUGCAGUUAUGAAUAGAGAUUUAAAUUCUCCUAGACAUAUUACUAAUAUCAAUGCACUUAUGGCGGCCAUCAAAAACAAUAUAAAAGAUGUAGAAUUCGAAGAAAUUGAAGAUAAAUUAGGAACAAUCGAAUCAUAUGCAAAAUUUUAUCCUUCAAUUAAAUGCGUUUUAUUACCAACAGGAAGCAAUGCAGUUAAAACAAUUUUUAUGAAUCCUAAUUCUGUUGUAAUUAUUGCAAGUAAUGAAAUGUUUGAUUUCUCAGUCGUAUGUUCAAUAUUAUCAGUUCAUGUUAAAGUGGUUUAUUUCUUUCAUUACCAAUAUCAUUUUAAUGACAUUACAAUUGAUGUUGAUCUUGCAUUACAAGCUAUUGAAGUAGGAGUCUAUGCAUCUAUUAAUGGAAACUUUCCAGAACCGAAAGAAUUCAUCUCAUUUAUUGAUUAUAUUCCCAAUUUCAAACCAAUACAUAUUGAAGGAUAA